ACCACGGCAUUUCGACACUAGGGCUUAACUAGGGUUUUACGACAUCUCUCCGGUGCAAUACGGCUGAUUUUUCACUCAUUUGAUACGAAUUUGAUAUGGCAUUUGCGUCUGGUUUUCGUCGGAUUUUGAGUUUAGCGUCGUCGACAAAUUCUUCUUCUUCUUCAAUUCGUCCUUGUCUGUUAGCUUCAACUCGUCUCCAGUCGACCCUCACUUCCCCUAAACUCUUCAUUAGUGGCCUUUCAAGAACUACAAAUGAUGAAGCACUCAAUAAUGCAUUCUUGCAAUUUGGCAAGCUUGUCGAAGCUAAAGUCAUCACAGAUAGAGCGACUGGAAGAUCAAAAGGAUUUGGGUUUGUUACUUAUGAAACUAUAGAAGAAGCUGAGAAGGCUCGACAGGAAAUGAGUGGAAAGUUCUUGGAUGGCUGGGUUAUUUUUGUUGACCCAGCCAAGCCAAGGGAGCCAAGACCUCCACCUCCAGCUCAGUCACAAGGACAGCCUUCUCAACCUGGUUAUACAGUAAACAGAACUAUUGGUUGGUGUGGCUAAUCCUGUGAGGAGGGUUUUGCGGAUUGUGAUUAAAUUGUGGGAUGGAAUAUUUUUUUACGAGGGAUGAAUUGUUUGAAACAAAACUCUUUAAUAGAUCUAUCCAAAGUCUGUUGUUAACUUGGGAAUGCAUUGGGAUUGCCUUUACAUUCUUACUUGACCUUGCUCUAUAUCUUCCGAGUGAAUUUAAUUUCUUUUAAAA